AUGAAGCGACGAAGUCUGUCAUUACUUACACGUUCGGUUUUGUUAUCCAGAAGCCAACAAAAACUUGAUUUCUUAAUCACCAUUUUUUUGUUAUUAUGUAGCAAAAUAUUUAUAAGUGGUCCAUUUUCUACACUUUCUGCAUUGGCAUUAGAAUUUGCACUCACAGAUGAAACUUUCAUAGAGUUUAAAAAGAUUGAACUAUCAGUGAAGUCCUCUAGCUCUAAGUCUUCACCAAUAUUUAUUAGUGAAGAAAUAUCACUUAAGCUGAACAAAUGUCAUCAGGUAUUUCUGUUGGACUUUUGGUUUCACACAUUUCAAAGUCCUCAUCUCUUUCUUCAUCGCUUGAAUCCUGAUCUACAUCUAAUUAUUUUAAAAACUGGGGCUGGUCAAUUGAAUCAUCAAAUAUGGACAUGCCUAAGUUUAAUGCUUCUUCUUUAG